AUGUGCGGACAAAGGGAACUACCGCACUAUACAGCUCCCCGGAUCGAUACGAGUCCAACUCACGGUCCGACACCUCCAAGGGCGAAUCCGGCAACAGAUGACACCGAUGUAAGGAUGGACUCUCCUCUCACCGGGCAGUCUCCACAUAAACAACCGGAAGUCUCCGAACCGGGCGUCACAAAAGAAUGGGUCCAGAGUCUCUUUCAAGAAUUUGAAGACUCGACGGUUAACCCACUAGAAGAAAGGAUGCAGAGAAUCGUUUGCUCGGCACUCAAGUUCGCCAACACUACAAGGCAACUUUUGUCAAGAACAGAAGACCGGUUCUCAGAAAUCGAAGAUGAUCAACAGGAAGAAGCGGUUCUGCGCAGCAAACACCUUAGGCGAACCGUGAUUUUGGAAGAUACGACCUCCGAGAUAAAAGAGAACUUCGAACGGUUUCAAAGAGAGACUGAUCAACGAUUCACGGAGGUUACUGAGGACCUGGUCGACACAACACUUGGACGGGUCUCCGAACUUGAGAAGAAGAAUGAGGGUCUCGAGGCCGAGCUCAAGGCGCUCACCGCACAAGUUGCCGAACUACUCAAUGCUAAAAUAAAUGCGGAUGACGCGGUUGUAGAGGCAAAUACUCGAGCGGCUCAAGAAGUCCAGGAUGCGCUGGACAACGAAGCAAGAAAAGCGAAGGAUCCACCGCAACUUACCGAAGAGGAAGAAGUCGAGCGAAUUCGAAGAGCAGAGGCUAAGUUCCCGGGAUUUGCAAAGACGGUAGCCGCUCAAGCUGCGAAGGAUGCUGAGCGAUUAGAAAGGGAAAGACGGAGGCUAGAAGGCUUUGCAGCCGAUAACAAAAAGAAAAAGGCGGCCUCUUCUGUUUCAGUUCCGACAAAGCGAAAGAGGGAAUCUUCAAAGAAAAUUCAAAUGGCCGACCUGCUGAAUGAGGUCACUGAUACGGUCAUUGAGAGUAUACCGCAGCAGGCUACUCAAGUCGAAGAAGAGGAUGAAGUGCAUCUACAGCGGCGGUCCACAAGACAACGAGUCACUGAAUCGGCCAGUCGACCGCAACCGGUGAAGAAAAAGCGGAACAAGAAGUUGAUGACUAGCUACGACUUCUCGGACUCGGAAUAG